AUGUCCGAAUACGCAAAGUACAUCGACGACGACACCCGCCUCUACUCCUUCGAAGGCUGGCCCCACGCCGAGCCCCGCGCCGAGGCCGUCGCCGCCGCGGGCUACUUCUACCAGCCCGUGGACAUCGACAGCAGCAGCGGCAACGUCAUCGCCGACGACACCGUCCGCUGCCCCUGCUGCGACAAGGUGUGCUCCGACUUCACGCCCGAGAACGCCUGGGAGCUGCUCUCGCACCGGCCCGACUGCCCCUUCAAGCGCAACAUCAAGUCGGCCAAGCAGCGCCUCUGCCGCGACUGCGACAUCUUCUUCUCCUCCAUCGGCGCCAAGCUCAACCACUCCAAGCGCGUGCACCCGCGGCCCGAGGAGGAGCGCCAGGAGCGCAAGCGCGAGAGGCUGGCCGCCGUGGCGCGCCGGCAGCAGGCCCAGGCCCAGGCCCACGCGCAGCCACGGAAGGUCCGCAAGGCGUCUGCUGCCGCGUACCCACGCACGACAAUCACUGCUGCCGACACGGUGUCGGCGUCAGCGGCAGUGGCGGCAGCCAGGGCUAGGAGAAUCGCCGCCGCUGCACUGGAUCUCCAAGCAAAGUAUUCCGGCGUUCCAAUGAUGAGCACCUGGAAGCCGAUUAAUCAGCAUCAGUAUGAGGAUGACGACAAGACGGAUGACGAGAUGAAGGAUCCUCACACAUGCAAUGAAACAAAUAACGAGCUGUCGCUAUCCCCCCUGAGGGUCGUCGUCAACAGCGAGCCGUGCGCCUGGGCAGGUGAGAUCGUCAUGUCUCGCGCCGAGUACCGUGAGUUUCGCCAGCACUUUCGCGCCAUGACUCGCAUCUUCAGAGAUGUCGACCCUUUGAAGCGAUCAUGA